CGCGUCAGUUCCAACAUGGCGGCGCCCCAUGCCGUGGACGGAGUGGAGCGAAGCAGCAGCGAAACAGGGCUGAUUCUGUCAGAUUCAUCCACCGGAGAUGUAAAGAGACCUCAGUUCGGGACUCGUUUCCUCACAGACCCGCGGCAGGUCUUCCAGCACAACGCAUGGGACAAUGUGGAGUGGACUGAGGACCAAGAAGCAGCUGCUAAGAAGAAAGUCUCAGAAAACAGUCAGCCUCUACCUCCAGAGAAACAAGAGGAAUACGACAGCAGGGCCAAUGAGUACUGGAAUGGUUUUUACACAAUCCAUGAGAAUCGUUUCUUCAAAGACCGUCAUUGGCUCUUCACGGAGUUCCCAGAGUUGGCCCCACAGUGUAGCCUGAAUCAUGAAUCCCGUCUGGAAGGAUGUGGCACAGAUGACGGUCAGCAGGACAGUCAAGUCAGUCUGGAUCAGGAGCAAAGCAGAGAGGUUGCUGAUGGUGACUUUCCUGGCUCCUCAGCCACAUAUCGUAUUCUGGAGGUUGGCUGCGGUGUGGGGAACACGGUUUUUCCAAUACUGAAGACUAACAAUGACCCCGGACUCUUUGUUUACUGCUGUGAUUUCUCCGGCACUGCCGUGGAGUUAGUCAAGAUUAAUCCAGAGUACGACCCUGGGCGCUGCUUCGCCUUUGUUCACGACUUGAGUGAUGUGGAAGCCAAUUACCCCGUCCCCGAUGGAACCCUUGAUGUUAUAGUGCUAAUCUUUGUGCUAUCAGCAUUGCAUCCCAACAAGAUGCAGGCAUCCAUCAGUAGAUUAGCACGGCUCCUUAAACCUGGGGGAGUGAUGCUGCUCAGGGACUAUGGGCGCUACGAUAUGGCACAGCUCCGCUUCAAGAAAGGGAGGUGUCUUGCAGAAAACUUUUACGUACGAGGUGAUGGAACAAGAGUAUAUUUCUUUACCCAAGAUGAGCUUCAUGAGCUGUUCACUGAGGCAGGGCUUGAGAAAGUGCAGAACCUUGUGGACAGAAGGCUACAGGUGAACAGAGGGAAACAGCUCACCAUGUACAGGGUGUGGAUCCAGUGCAAGUACCGCAAGGCUCUAGUUCAGCCACCUGAGACACAGGACUGAGACAGAGGAGAGGAUACGCCGGGUUUGACUUUCAAAACCAGCUGAAACUGGGAGCUAAAAUCAAGGCAGUGCCGGCUUUUUUUUCUUCUGAGGAUGUAUGGAACUGAGAGGCUCUAUUGUGGUUGAGAUAAAAGGAACGCAACUGGAUAGUUGUAUUCUGUAAAGACCUCAUACUAUCUCAGCUGCCAUCAUGUUGAUGGACUCGUUUUAUGUCUAGUGUUCCUGAUGGUGCUGCAAUCCCAUCUACAAGAGUGAUGAUUUCUCAUUUUCUGCUGAUGAGUUCAGUAAUGUGAGAAAGGGCUGGUUACCCUGAAAUAAAUGUCUCUAUUCUGCCAGAGGCUGUUUUUAAUCAGCUGAUGUUUUGAUAUAAAUUGCAUGAUUUUAAAGAACACUCAAUCACCUUUUUGUACAUGGACGAUGAAUAAAAAUCUAAACUGUAAA